AUAUAAUAGCAUAAAUCGACUGAGGCAAGGAUUUGUUGUUGUUUACGUGAUACGAUCGGAGCUGCAAUUAAAAAAUAUAUCAAACGGGAAAAUGAACAUAGAAUGGAAGAUCGUCGUUCCUUUGCUCGCGGUGGCCUUUACCGUGGCGAGCAGCGCCGGUUUGAUCGGAGGCCCCAUGGACGCAAAUAUGAAUGAAGAAGGAAUGAGAGACGCCCUGCAGUUCGCCGUGGUCGAACACAACAAGAAAACAAACGACAUGUUUGUCAGGCAGGUGGCCGAGGUUGUCAAAGCGCAGAGACAGGUCAGUUCCUCUUCCCUUUAUUAGUUCAACGACAAGAUUGAGGUUGACAAUGGGUAUUUUCACUACGUUAAAAACACCAUUUAUUUUGUGGAUGUUGAAAAUACUUUAUUUUGUCGUUGUUUCUCUGGCAAAAUUUCAACUGUACAUACAUUUACUUAUAUCUACAUGUCCAUGAAGAAAGCAUUAUCACAUUCAACAUUUUAAAUUCAAAAUAAAAUAAAUUAGCAAACUGAAGAUUGCAGUCACAUGCACUUAUGUUAUCUUUUUCAAAAAGCUUUAAAGCUGGCAGCGAUGAUGUUCAAAAUAACCCAACCAAAAUAAUAAACCAACUACAAUGACAUUCUUAGGAACGGUUACAGAAAUACUUGUUUCUUGCUAUGACUGAUAUACUGUUGUUUAUCUACCUUAGUUGAAUGCACUGAUUGUAAGAUCUCUGGAUAAGCUGAAUGACAUAAAUGUAAAAACGAACAAAGCAUGCUGGGUAUUUAUUCUGAUGAGCUUCGCCCCGAACAUGUACAAAUUUGGUCAGUCCUGACCAGACCAAAUCUGAAAGAAUCAUAGACGCCGAGGCGAUGUUUCACAAAUUUGAACAGCACAGUACAGUAAGGCACAGUAGAGUACGGUACGGACAGAGGUUUAUUUAGUACAGUACAAUAUAGUUUAAUUCCGUAGAGUAAAGUAGUGUACAAUAUGGUACAUUAUACUGUGCUGUACUCUACUGUAUUAAACUAUACUUCAUUUUCUGUACUGUGCUGCACUGUACUGUACCGUGCUGUGCUUUACUGUGCUGCGAUGUACUGUACCGCACCGCACUGCACUCUACUGUACUGGAUCGUACUGUGCUAUGCUGUCCAAAGUUGUGAAACAUAGAUGUCUAAUCUGAACCAAUCAUAGGCUUCUAAGUUUGGGCCAAAUCAAGGACAUUCCCGGGCUGGACCAAAUCUGAACCAAACAUAGACGCCCAAAAGACAUUGGGCUUCGGUCCGUGCUUACUGGGUAGUUUGCUCAUGUUUCAUUCCUCAAGUGAAAUGGGCCUAAUUACAUUUACGUCAUUUAGCAGACGCUCUUAUCCAGAGCGACUUACAAAUUGGUGCAUUCACCUUAUAGCCAGUGGGAUAACCACUUUACAAUGUUUUUUGUUUUUUUUGGGGGUGGGGUAAGGGGGGUAGAAGGAUUACUUUAUCCUAUCCCAGGUAUUCCUUAAAGAGGUGGGGUUUCAAGUGUCUCCGGAAGGUGGUGAGUGACUCCGCUGUCCUGGCGUCGUGAGGGAGCUUGUUCCACCAUUGGGGUGCCAGAGCAGCGAACAGUAUUGACUGGGCUGAGCGGGAACUGUGCUUCCGCAGAGGUAGGGGGGCCAGCAGGCCAGAGGUGGAUGAACGCAAUGCCCUCGUUUGGGUGUAGGGACUGAUCAGAGCCUGAAGGUACGGAAGUGCCGUUCCCCUCACAGCUCCGUAGGCAAGCACCAUGGUCUUGUAGCAGAUGCGAGCUUCAACUGGAAGCCCAACUGGAAGCCAGUGGAGUGUGCGGAGGAGCGGGGUGACGUGAGAGAACUUGGGAAGGUUGAACACCAGACGGGCUAAGUCGCUCUGGAUAAGAGUGUCUGCUAAAUGACUGAAAUGUAGAAAAUGUAAAUGAGGGUAUUGUCAGGAAUUAUACAACGGGUGGUCUGAAUGCUGAUUGGUUAAAAUUGCAUUCCAGCCAGUGUCUAUUCCACAAGUUACCACCGGCUAAAUCUAUGACGUUAAAAUGCCUAUUUACUCUGUUCCAUCUGACUGUGCAAUCCACUGUCAUCAGCCCAGCCAUGCAAUUUAUAAACUUGAUCUCCACUAUAAAAAGCCUCUAGACAUUAUCUCACAUUUCUUUUAGACUAACAUUUAGUUCUCAACAGUGGAGAUUUGUAUAAACUUUAUCUGUCUCUCCGACAUUUGCAACAUUGUUUCAAUAUUCAAAUUAGAUCUCCAGCUGUUCCAUAGUAAUGAACGUGUCGGGAGUCGGGACGAGACAGAUAGGCAGCGUUUCUCAGCCAGUCGAUAUCAUGAAUCAGCUGGCAUAAUUUUUAUGGAUAUAUACAAAGAAAUGUCAAUUGAGAAAAAAAAAAAAAGGGUAAACCGAAACGAAGUGCAGCUAGUUUGCAGUCUUUCCAGCUUCAGUUUGAAGUGAUUGUGUUAGCUGUGUUGUUGGCUAGCUCCUCUGAACAACAGUGUCCUGACCAGUGAGCACAUUUUCUAUGCCAGGCGAAAUCACGCCUCAUUAGCUCAUUGUUAUGGAUGUAUCCAAAUAAAUGUCACUAGACAACAGCUUAUGCAAAUGCAGCUACUUUGCUGUUAUUCUGGCUGCACUUUUUGACGUGACUGUAAGUUAGCUGUAGUUGGCAAAUUAGCAAGCAAGGGAUAAGAACGUUGCCAGCCAGUAUGGCAAAGGAACAUUUAGAACGAACGACUGGGUCACGUCCAUAGAUACAGAACAAAAAGACUGAACGACUGGGUCACGUCUCUAGCAACCGAACCGAUAGAACGAACGACCAGCCGGCUUGGGUAGCAACCCUAGAUUUGUGCCGGGACUAUAUCUUGUGGAAGGAUUAAAUAGUAUGAAUAAAUAUAUCAAAAUAAAGUUUUUAAUAAAAAUGUCAGUCAUUAUUUGAAUAUGUUGGUAACCUUAUUCAUUUCUAAACCAGGCAUCUGCUCUGAUUUGAGAACACAACAUAGUAGCAAGCAGAAGGGGAGGAUCGUGGAUGGGAUUCUGGUUUUACCUGUUCAAUUAUUUAUCAUCAGUGCAUGAUAGGGAAAAGAGACUCUAGGAUUAGGCCAAAAUGCUGUUUACGAGCUCUGUUAGUUGACCUCAUAGCGUAUGAUUGCCUGAGUGCCAGUGUUUGUGUUAUAAUGUGCUUUGUUUUGCAUGACAGUUCUGUAAGGAGUUGGCAAAAGAGCAGAUACAGACUGACACCCUGGUCUAAUCUAACAUGACAUGGACAAUCAAUACAACUUGGAAAAUUAGUUUGAAAGCAGAUGUGAUUACUGUAUAUGUGAAUGAUAUGAUCCCAUGACAUGAUGGCCAUGAUUAAAAGGAUUGUCUGUGUAACCCACCCUCUUGUAUCCCAGCCUCUUGUAACCCACCCGCUUGUAUCCCAGCCUCUUGUAUCCCAGCCUCUUGUAUCCCAGCCUCUUGUAUCCCAGCCUCUUGUAACCCAGCCUCUUGUCUACAGGUGGUAUCUGGGAUAAAGUACAUCUUCACAGUGCAGAUGGCCAGGACCCCGUGCAGGAAGGGAGGUGUUGAGAAGGUCUGCUCCGUGCACAAGGACCCAGAGAUGGCUGCGGUAAGGACCACUAGGGCCUAGCCUGGUCCCAGAUCGGUUUGUGCUCAACCGACUGGCACUUAGGCUAUCAGAGCUUCCUCAAUGUCCGGCUUAUGACUGGUUCAUUUUUAGCUCGUAGAUAGUUUAUAACAUGUUACAAACAGUCAUAGCACAUUGGUAACUAAUAAUUCAGGGUACCGUUGAUAAACUACUCAUACAUUCUUGCUGAGGUUGAGGAUCAGUUCAGUUGUUAUUGCUAUAUGCUGAUUAUACAAAACAUUAAGAAUACCUGCUCUUUCCAUGACAUAGACUAACCAGGUGAAUCCAGGUGAAAGCUAUGAUCCCUUACUGGUGUCACUUGUUAAAUCAACUUCAAUCAGUCCAUGCCCGACAAACUGAGGCUGUUCUGAGGGCAGGGGAGUGGGGGAUAACGUUUUGUACACUGAGUGUAUAUAGACUAAUGUGUGUGCACCCUUUGGCUGUGUUCGAGAGCAUCAAAAAAUAUAUUGUGGGUAAAUUGUGACUGACUGAUCUACAAAUAAUGAAUAGUUAUUUAUGAUGCAAUUUGAUUUGUAGAUCAGGCAGUUGGCUGCAAUGUCGAACAAGCCCUUUGUCAAGCGUUCUGCUUGCUGAAAGGUUAUGUUAUUAUGCCAACUCAUGUUGCUUCAUGUUGCUUUCUGUCUCCUCAGCCCUACCAGUGCACCUUCGAGGUGUGGAGCCGCCCCUGGCUGAGCGAAAUCCAGAUGGUCAAGAACCAGUGCCAGCAGUAAAGACACAAUGAAGAGAAGACUUCAAUCAAUGUCUAGUCUACCAAAUAACUAGUAUUAUCUAGUGUUAUUUGUUAGUCUUACCAAUGCAGUUCAACCUCCUUCUCUAGGAUAUAUUCAGAGAAUCCAACUAAUCACUGAUUUUCAAACUUAUUGCAUUCCCACACUAAUAAAAGCACUUAUUACAAACACUGCUAUCUUGGAAAUGUAGUAUUAAAAUGAUGCAACAGUUACCUAAAUAAAGAAAAGGUUUGGAACAUUUAUA